UUUUUUCCUCUAAAUUCUCUUCAUCUUCCUCAAAUAAAUAUUUUUUUUAAAAAGAAAAUCUGUACCCAUUUUGAGGAAUUCAAGCCUACAGCUCACUGGCUCAACUACUGUGAUUGUUUAUUUACAGCGGUCCCAUUAUAUACAGUUCUUUGUCUCUAUAGAUCACUCAAAUUUGAAGAUAUCUCUUUCAUUUUCAUGACUAGCAGCACUAUGGUGCUUUUAAGAUAAGAAUCUUUGUAUGUGUUUGUCCUGAGAACCCAAGAUUUAGCAAUGGCUUGGAGGAACAAGAUGCCCAAUUUCAGAUAUAUCAUUCAGGGUGCACCAGAUGAUGUCGAGCCAGGGUGCCAGCACACUAUUCAGUCCCACGGUUCAACGCUUGCGUGGGAUCAUAAACUAGACUGGCUUAUAAUGCUGCUGCUUUUGGUGAUAGAGGUCGCCCUCUACAUCGUUGGUCCAUUUUAUCGUUUUGUAGGCGUGGACAUGAUGACGGAUCUUAAAUAUCCCAUGAAAGAGAACACGGUCCCUGUUUGGGCUGUUCCCCUAUAUGCAGUGCUUUUGCCGAUUCUCAUCUUCGUUUUCUUCUAUAUUCGAAGGAAGAAUGUCUACGAUCUGCACCACAGCAUACUAGGGCUUGUAUUUUCCGUGCUUAUAACUGCUGUCUUGACAGACGCAAUUAAGAAUGCAGUUGGCCGGCCUCGACCCGACUUUUUCUGGCGUUGUUUUCCGGAUGGACGAGAUCGAUAUGAUCGUUGGGGCAAUGUGGUAUGUCAUGGUAACGAGAGUGACAUAAAGGAAGGGCAUAAGAGUUUUCCAAGCGGUCAUACUUCGUGGUCCUUUGCGGGGCUAGGUUUCCUUUCAUUGUAUUUAGCUGGGAAAAUUAAAGCGUUUGAUCGCAGAGGCCACGUGGCGAAGCUAUGCAUCGUUUUUCUUCCUCUUCUUGUGGCGUCUCUUGUUGCUGUUUCGCGUGUGGAUGACUACUGGCAUCAUUGGCAAGACGUGUUUGCCGGGGGUCUCUUAGGUCUUGUAGUCGCAACAUUCUGCUAUCUCCAAUUUUUCCCACCGCCAUAUCACACUGAAUGUUGUAGUCCCUACGCAUACUCCCGAGCAGUGGAAGAGUUUCGCAGUCAUUCACGAGCACACGCCGCUGUUGUUAAUGGACCAAAUAUACAGCGCCUAGAGCUGCCCGCAGCAGCAGCAGAUCAGCAAACGAGCUAUCCAUCCGAGGAUGUGGAGCGUGGCAGGACGUGAAUACAACGAGACGACAACCUUUGAUCGGGUCGAAGUUUCCGAGGUAGAUUCAUAGUUUCUUGUGAAUAUUCUUCAGGUAAGAACUUCACUUCUAGAUUGCUAAAAAAAUGGCAGUGCAGAAGCUUGCAGAGAAAUAGCCUUUCUUCUUUCUUUCUGUAAGAAGUUUAGAACAUAGUACUGUAAUGUGAUCAUGGGACCAACUGAGGUUGAAACAUGAACAUGUAGAAACAGUUUGUGUUUUUUUUUUUUUUUUAAUUUAAAUGUUGAAUAUAAUAAUGAUUGUCUUGAA